ACGCCCAGCUCACAUUGAUUAAGCCGCUGCGGAGCGGGCGCGCGGCUCUUCAGCUGAGAGAGAGAGAGAGUCAUAUCAGGAAAAAGAAGAAGAAGUGCAAAGUGUGGCUCCGCGGCGAACCGACAUGGAGCGCCGUGAGGGAACAGAACUAGGAGGCGACGCUGCUCUGUUCCGCGUCUGAAUUCAGCGGUGACGCCGAGGCUUCGGGAGGCUGCGGGGAUAAGGAGCAGCUAUCACGGGACAUUUCCGCGACAAUGGCAACCCCCCAGCAUUGAGCAACUUUCCGCACCACAGAAACCUCGACACAGCCAGCUUCCCUCCUCCCUUUUGUUUGAAGCAAGCGUUUCAGCCAUGGACUCCUCCGGGGAGUUGACCUCAGCCUCUGAUGGGCCCGUGGACCCCAGGGGCUUCUCCGGCCGCUUGGAUCUCAGCGGCCUCUACCAUCUGGGCCGGACGCUGGGAAGGGGCCACUUUGCUGUAGUGAAACUGGGCCGUCAUGUCAACACAGGGCAACUGGUGGCUGUAAAGAUGAUCGACAAGACCAAACUGGAUGUCAUGGCCGCAAGCCACCUCUUACAGGAAGUCAGGUGCAUGAGGCUGGUGCAGCAUCCCAACGUGGUGCGGCUCUACGAGGUCAUCGACACGCCCACCACGCUCUACCUGGUCAUGGAGCUGGCCGAGGGUGGCGACCUUUACGAUUACAUCCUGCGGCACGAAGGAGGCGUGGCCGAGGGCACCGCCAAGCGUCACUUCGCCCAGAUUGUGCGCGCGGUGUCGUACUGCCACCAGCUGUGCGUGGUGCACCGGGACCUGAAGCCGGAAAACGUGGUGUUCUUCCCCCAGCAGGGCGCCGUGAAGCUGACAGACUUUGGCUUCAGCAAUUUAUUCCAGCCUGGGAUGAUGUUGGCCACCAGCUGUGGGUCGCUGGCUUAUUCUGCUCCAGAGAUCCUGCUGGGAGAGGAGUAUGACGCCCCAGCUGUGGAUAUCUGGUCUCUUGGGGUGAUCCUGUACAUGCUGGUCUGUGGCGUCCCUCCCUUCCAGGAAACCAACGACAGCGAGACCCUGGUCAUGAUUCUGGACUGCCGCUACUCCGUCCCUGAACAUGUCUCAGACGACUGCAGAGAUUUGAUCUCCAGGAUGCUGCAGAAGGAUCCGUGUCACCGUGCGUCUCUGGACGAGAUCGAAGCUCACGAGUGGCUGCAGGGCCUGGAUGACGCCCUCCUCAGCCCUGAGGCCCCACCACACUGGGUCACUGGGGCCCUCUCUGCCACAUCGCCCUCACUGUGCGCCCCCGAGUCCGGGGAUCUACUGGCUAUGAGGUCCUCGACUCAACAGACAUUUCCUGGGACGUGGCAGCCCAGCCUCAGCUUCAGCCUGCGUCCUGCUCCCGUCGAAGAGCCUCCUGUGGGCAAGAACGUCCCUGCGCUGCAGCAGAUCUGCGAGGAGGAGGAGGAUGAGGAGGAAGAAGAAGAAGAAGAACUGAAAGAACCAGAAGGGGAGGUUGAGGAAAUGGAGUGUAUAGAAGAGGAGAAAGAGUUUGGAAAUACAGAAAACGGUGAGGAGAAAAAGGCAGAGGAGAUGCAGAGAGAAAAUGAAGACAGUGGGUGUGUGAUUUCGGAUCAGCCGAUCAGUCAUCGGGAUGAGACGCUCAGUCAGACAUCUGAAGUCACCCCGUCCUCCCCAGCUUUUAGGGUGUCCUGUUGUCAGCUGAACGCCUCGAACAGACAGGAGGGACCGGACGAAGAGCUGGAACCGAACAACAACACGGGCAAACCGCCUCCGCUCCUCCCGACACCCGAGUCCUGUCAGUCGUGCAUCUCCGCGUCCUCAGCCAGCCUGCGGGAGAAAACGGAAAGGGAGGAAGAACCGGCCGAAAAGAACGAGCGUACGGAAAAGCCUCAACCCCAAAAUCCACAAGGUACCCGGGACGAGUCGGUACCGAGGGCGGAGCAAGGGAAGCGACAUAGCAUCAAGCUCAGAGACAGACUCUUCCAGUUCCCUUUGUGCGAGAAAGCUCUGGCCUUCAACAUACCCACACAAAACAAGCCCAAGAUCCUGCCGCUGGCUCAGUACAACUGCUGCCACGUGCUGUAGCAAACAUCGGCUUCAGGGCCGUUCUCUCUCUCUCCCUCUCUCUCUCUCCGGGCGCACGGGCUGCUUAGCAGUCAGCAGGUGGUUGGAGCCUGAACACAGACCUUGUGAAGUGGCACGCAGCUGAACUCUCUGCAGAGACAAGGAGCAAAAACAGCCCUCAGCCCACAAACACGCCGGCACAGCUUCACAAACACCCACUUCUGACUGUGUGCUCAUGUAAUAAACAUUAUUUUAGUGAGAGUCGACAGUGAGAUGUACAAAAGACUUCGUUUCCAUUUGCUGCUGUGUACAGGAGCGUCCACAGAAUAAAAAAAAAAGAAAAAGAAAAAUACUGUUUUUCAUUUGUAGCUUCGAGACAAAACUGGUCCAACUUCUUUGGAUGCGAAGGGGGUGUCGGUAAGAGAAGGAUGAGGGCAAGAUUUAUUUUAUUACAUAAGCUAAAGAUCAUUUUCUUUGAAGGUGCCUGUGAAGAUUAAACGGAUUCAUACUGAAGCCAGUCAGUCCAGAGCUGAUUCACUAUGCUGCAUAUUGUUUAUCAGCAGGAAUACAUCAUCAGCCACCUGACAAAUAUUUUCUCAAAAAUAUUUGAGUCUCUACAUCAAAAAAUGUGAAAAAAACAUAAGAUCUUUUAUUUUACGACAGAAAAAAAAAAGAAAAAUUACCCUCGUGUCUUUUUCUUUCUGUAUUUGGGUGUAAAAUCUUAGCAGUUUUUCUAUUUUCCAGUCGGAAACUCAUACCUAAAUGUGUUCCUCUAGUUCUUCUCUUCUCAUACUGUCUAAUAGCAUCAUAGAAGCGACACUCACACAGAGACAUUUCAGUUUGCCUGACUUCUCUAGCAGCUUGCUGUGGCUCCAUUGAGAAAAGCAGAAUAUGUGAUGUUUAUGCAGGGAGAGGAUCUGGUGACUGAAGUCAGACGCGACUAUUUUGUUUCAUGAGAGCGUUGGAAAUAACAAGGAUUUGUGUCACCUAGCUAUAGCUAAUACUUGCGAUGACAAUUUUAUUCCAGCCUUCACAAAGUGACAUGCUAGGCCUGCUGGGUACUUUUGAUUUUUCUUCUUUCUUUCUUUUUUUUUUUUUUUUAAUCAGAAAGUGUUUUUACCCCCAACUCAGUUUAUAGGUGGAUUAUGACGGUCUUUGAAUUAGUCCUGUCACAAGGGAAACGUUUUAGAACCCCUUUUGGCAGCAGUAACCCUUAGAUGUUGCUUUCUGCCUGACUUUAUCAGUGUCCCUUAUCAUUGCUACCGUGUUUGGGAUCUGUCAGACUUAUGGCUUCACAUUUGACUUUAAAAAGCUUUCAAGACGCCCAGGCGCUAUGGAGGAAAAAGAGCCCAAACCGUUAUGCCUUCACCAGCGUGAUUGACAAUUGGAAUGAGGUGUCAUAAUCUUUAAAGGGUCUAUAUCAUGCAAAAUCAACUUUUAUUUAAAGCUUUUAACUGUUUUAAAGCUAUUCAAAGUGGAAUUGUGCUUGAUUCCUGCAUGUCUGAGUGAAUUCUGCUGUUUGAGCUGCAGCUCAUCCCUGUCCUGGAAACUUGGGGGGGAAAGGCAAGCGUCUUUCUUCCGGGUUGGAACAAUGGCACCAGAAAUCAACUAAUUUUCAGAACAAAUGACUGCUCACUAGUGCCAAAGGCAAUAUUUAAAUAAAAACAUAUAUGCCUAAAGUUGACUUUGGAAGACUUAGAAAAGCAUGAUAUAGAAACUUUAACAUUUAGCAUGCUAACUGAGGCCUGUACAGUGUUGUUUUUUUCCCCUUGUAAAUAAUUGAAGCAGUGCAAGGCCUAACAUUGACAUCAAUCUGUUGGGAGGAUUGGCAGCUGUCUUAGAUUGUUUCCCUCUUAUAAAUAAUAUUUCUCGCUGGAGAAUGAUGGACUUCGAUUUGCUUAGAAAUUUAUAACCCUUUCCCAGAUUAAUAGGCAACAACAUUGACUUCUCUUGGCUCAUUGCUUUAGUCUUUCCAUUUUGGCGUGGCAUUAACAGAGCUGCGUAGAGGCGCUCACACUGAUUCAUCAAUUAAUGAGCGCAUUGAAUUAGCAGCUCCUGGCUGCAACUUUCCCCCUUAAAUAUUCAGGAAUACUUGUGAAUUUUGCAAUAAUAAUAAGGCUUGCAAUGUUUGGCCAUUAAAAAUAAUGUCUUUUAUGCCUUGUGCUCAUAGCAAACAAAGACCCCAGAUAGUGAGUAAUCUAUCCAGCUACUGGAAACAAAUAUAAAAUGUUUCAUUACCCAUCUCAACAGGGCUUUAUUCAUAAUGCUGCUUCUCGUCGGCGUCUGCUGUUGUUAUUGAAACAGCAUAGUUGUAGUUUCAUAAUGAUUAAACAUCCCUUUUCUUUCUAAAGCUUUCUCAUUCCUUUAAAUAUGCAGUCAUAUUGAAUAUAAUUAAAGUUUGUUUUUAUCAUUCAGUUCACUGAGUGAAACACUUAUAUUAUCAGUCAUACACAGACUGAUGUUUUCAUGCCUUUAUUUCUAGUAAUUAAGACGGUUUUCUUCUUACAGCUAAUGAAAACAUGACAUUUAAGGUUAGAAUAUUAUAUCAGGCCAAUAAUAAAAAUUCUAAAACGAAUGUGGGCUUAAAGAAAGGUAUGUUUUAAUACCUGAUUAAAGGUUAUUUUCAAAAGGCACUUUUGACAAAGGAAACUCGUCGGAAAGCAUAUUUAAAUGUAUUGAAUAUGACUAUUUUAGGCAUAGAGAGCAUAAAUGCAUGGCACUUAAAUAAUUAACUACUCCAGGCAGUUGUUUGCAAUAUGCAUAGUGCAAACAAUAACACUGCGAUAUCAAUAAAUGUAUUUUUUUAUUGUACAGUCCUAGAGUCUACUUAUUUUUUCACUCACAGCUUUUCCGUUGUGACUUUGCUCUGUGUAAUAAAGUCGUAUUCAUUUUAUUUUAUUUUUUUACACCUAGGGUUAGAUUUAAAACUAUUGAGAAUCUGAGUUUUUGGGUCCGUCCAAGGGUAAUGUUUUAGAUGCAAGCUAUUGCUUUAAUCUCCAUUGGAGAUAAUUUCUGUAUUGUUCUUAGACAUGUAUCAGAGUUAUGUAUUUUACACCCAAAUACAUGAAAAAAAAAGUGUUACAUUUCAGGAUUUUUCAUUGAAGAUAAAUGGGAAUAUUAAUGAAUUAUUUGGUCGGUGUGCUUUAAAAUUUAUCCGUAAAGGAAAAGCGGUUGUAGGGUUGGUAUGACUUUUAAGAUGGACUGAUUUGUCGACUGUCCAGCUUGUCGUCCUGUAACUUUCCUCUGCACAUGUUUUUCACACUGGUUUCAAAGCUCUAAUAAGCUCGUAUGUAAACGACUGUUAUGAUACGUUGUGACACUGUAUAUAACACGCCUGAGACUUGGAGGAAACAUGUGAUCCGCUGCUCUCUUUCGUCCACAGUCUUAUUAACUGAAUAGCUUGUUCUGUAUACACGUCUUUAUGGGAUCCGUAACAAGGAUGCAGGUCUUCUUUUUGUUAUCUCCAUAUUUUUUUUCUUAAGGAUAUGAUUUUAUAACCUGACAAAGAUAUUAAUUAUCUGAACAGAUGUGUGACUUUGCAUGUUGCUGCAGAUAUUUAUCACGGUAUACCUCCAGGUGUCUUGGGUCUGACAGAGCAGCCAUUGUUCUUGUUUAACUGUUAAUAAUAACCCACUGAAUGAUGAAUUGCACACAGUACGAACACUGUAGCCGGUAGGUUUCUGCAAGCCGUGUCUGGGGACCCGUGUAGAUUCAGGCCGUCACACAAUAACUUUUUACUCACUUGCUGAAGAGUCCCUUUGUGUAGUAUUAUUUUACCACAUAACUGCCCUAUCUGUGCUAUACUUUCCCACUGUUAUGAAGAGAAACAGAAUCUGCCCAACGAACAUCAUCCAGCGACUGUCACUGACAUGUGAUUGUUUGCUCCCGGCCUAAAAAGAAGAGGAGCAUUCGUCACGUGAAAAUCCUAUCAUGACUCAUGUCUCUUCAGCCGUAAAAGCUUAAAACCCGUGCAAAUGAGGGAUAAAAUAAUUUGUUCCUGCGUCCUGUCCCUCUUUAAUGUCUGCUGACCUGCAUUUUAACCUGGAUUGUGAACUUAUUUUUCUCUAUUUAUUUAUUAAAAUGGAUUAAAGCAACA